AUGGAUCGCGAAAAGACGAGGCUUGAUAGCCCAUCUCUCUAUACUAUUGGUUGGAUUGCGGCCCUUGCCAUCGACCAGGCAGCAGCAAGGGCACUUCUAGAUGAGGAGCACUCUGAACCAAAUGACUUCCAUCCAUCUCCUUCGGAUAUGAAUAAUUACAUCUGGGGCCGCAUAGGUAUCUGGGAUGCUCGGAAUGGAGCUUUCAUGCACCAAAUCAAAACAGGGUCGUAUGUUGGGAAACUUAAGUCGGUUGUGUUUUCAGAAGACGUGGCAAACCUUAUUAACGUCCUCAGCACAGGAACCGUUUUGAUACAUGAUAUCCAGAGUGGAAGUUGUGAGCAGGCCUUUGACCUCUCAUCUCCAAGUGGGGAUUGGUCAAUUGAGCUUUCCCACGACUUCGCAAUGAUUCUUACAGCUUCUUCGGAUGACAAUACCGUCCGAAUAUGGGACCCUCAGACUCAAACCAAAAGCCUGAAAAGGGCGAGAAGCCGGGAAAAGUCAAUUCUCGAAGUUGAAAUAUCGCCAAAUGGGAGAACAGUGGUAUUGCAUACGGUGGAUGGCCAUGAGAUUUGGUCACUUCGCCGAAGUAAAUUCGAAUGCCUGUUGGUAGGCGACAGUGACUUCAUCGAGUUCUUGCUUGAUUACUUUAUUGUUGUUGUUGCCAGUUAAACGUCUAUUACGAUGUGUAACGUGCAGCCGGGGUACUACACCCGUUCCUUCGAUAUUGAGACUAUGGUCAAAUGCUGCUUUUAUUCAGAGGAUUGCAAGACCCUUGUCACAUUCCGUACGGAUCACACCUGGCAUUGCUGGCAUUUGGGACGUCAUAACUACACACGUAUUGCAAAUGCGAGCUAUAUUCAAAC